AGUGUGCCUACUUAGACAGUUUCUUUGGGCUGGAUAACGAUACAAGUGGGAAUUGUCUUUCUCAUGUUUCAGCCAAGUUGAUUCAAAAUGAGUUGUACAACAUCAUCGUCUGAUCAGACAGCACUUGACCAUUCCUCUCAGUGUUGGCUGUGAUCGAGCGUCAUAGGAAAGCCAUCAGUGAGCUUCGGUUCAGUGGAACCUGGGACACACACACCUCUCCCCUGCAGGUUCCUCCGUCCUGCCCCCACCUGAGCCGUCAUGGAUCUAAUUGAGGAGGGAAACGUGAGCUGUGGAGUUAAAAACUGUAGCACGCCAGGCUUCCUGAGAAACUGCUCCAACCAAGAACGCGAGGAGGAGGAAACAAUGGCGGGAUGGAUCUUCCUUGUGUCGUUGACUGUGAUUCUGGUUCCACUGAUAAUCUUCGGGCUUGUUGGAAACACACUGACUCUUCUGGUGGUUUGGCUCCGCCCCAACAUGAGAAGCUCCGCCCACCUCUACCUGAGCAGCAUGGCUGUUAGUGACCUGCUGAUCCUCCUGCUGCUGGCUCUCGAUCUAUUGAAGAUCUGGACAGGCUGGAAGUUAGGAGUCAUCGUGUGUAAGCUGAGCACGUUCCUGACAGAGGGCUGCGCCUUCUGCACUAUCCUCAACAUCGCAUUUUUCUCCCUGGAGAGGUACCUGGUUGUCUGCUGGCCAAUCACCUCAAAGACGCUGGUGACACGUCGCAGAACCAGGGCUCUGAUUGGCUGCCUCUGGCUGGGAGCGGCUCUCAGUGCAGCACCAUUUUUGUUCAUGAUGGAAUUGGAUGAUAUGAGAGUGUGCAGAGUAUCACCAUCCUCAUUCUCCUCAGGCCUCGUAUUGGCCAUGAUAAUUCUCUAUUACCUGUAUGUCCUGGUACCCCUGUGCAUCCUGGGACUGGUCUACAUGCUGAUUGGACGGACUCUGAGGCUCCGUACACAAAGCAGCCGUAAAGACAAGAGUCACCAACACACAAUCAAGAUGCUGGGAGUGAUCUUCUUGGCCUUCGUCCUCUGCUGGCUGCCCUACAUCGUCGGUCUGACCAUGACCUAUGUUUCUCUGGGCACUGGUGCUGAAAGUCGGGGAACUAACACCGACACAAACACACACUCGGACAUGAACACUCCUCCUGAAAGCACAGGCAACAUGGCCUCUGUUACCGAACCUGUUAGCCUCUCAGACUGGGACCUGAAGACACAAGCUCACACAGACAGAGAUGAUGCACUCUGGGAAAACACAAACAACGAGAUCGACACACACAGUGAUGCAGACGCACACUUGGUGGACAAACAACCUGAAACGCUCACUGACCCAGGCACAGGUUCUGACGAUACGAAUGCACAUCAUGUUGUCUCACACGACAUCAGAGCUGGAGAGAGCACACACAACGUGGUUACUCGCACUGAAACAGACACACACUCGGAGAUACACAAUACUACACGUAACAAACAAAACACAACCAUAAAGUCACAGGAGAAGGUCACAUCACAGACAGCAGGCACACAUACAAAUGUUGUGACGCCCACUGACAAUACACACAAUAACACACACACUUACAGUACACACAAUUACACACUGACUGAAACAUUCUUUUAUUUUUACCUGGUCGCCUGGUUCCUCUCCCGUCUCAGUGCUGCCAUCAACCCUCUGGUGUACAACCUGAUGUCCGCCAGGUACAGACACGCUGUGCGUAGCCUCGUGCACACACACUGUCUCACACCGUCUCACCGGCUGAGCACAACACUCUCAUCAGAAUACUCCACAACCACUUUGUAAACAUAUAGGCACACGUAACAACAGCAGCAACACAAGGUAGCUGUGAUGAUCACUGGUGGUUCUGCAACGACCAUAUUAACAAACUGAAUUCAGCUGCUUGAACUAAGAUAUCAUGAGCUGUGACUGUAGGAGCAGCUAACACCCUGCUAACACACUGCUAAUACACAGCUAACACACUGUUCACACACUGCCAACACACAGCUAACACAAUGCUAACCCAGUUAACGCUUGGCUAAACCUGCUAACACAGCUAAUACAGACUUAACACACUGCUAACACAGCUAAUACACGGGCCACCAUGCUAACACCCACCGACCCAGUUAACACACAGCUAACCCUACUAACACAGCUAAUACACAGCCAACACACUGCAAACACAAUGCUUACCCAUUUAACACAUUGCUAACACACAGCUAAUACUGCUAACACAGAGCUAACCUUGCUAGCUUACACCUAACCCUGCUAACACACAGCUAACCCUGCUAACACAAAGGUAACCCUGCUAACACUGCUAACACACAGCUAACACUGCUAACACAGAGCUAACCUUGCUAAGACAUACCUAGCACUCUGCCAACACACAGUUAAACUGCACUCUUUGCUGUCUCUGAGCAGCCUCUCUCUCCUCUGUCCUCGUCCCUCUAGACCUCUCUUCUCAUUUGACACAGUGAACCACCAGAUCCUUGUUUCCUACCUUCAGGACCUUGGUGUCUCAGGCUCUGCUCGCUCCCUGCUCUCUUCCUACCUCAACGACCGCCCUUACCGGGUAACUCCGAGAGGAUCUGUGUCUGAACCUUGUUCUCUCACUACUGGGGUCCCUCAAGGUUCCGUCCUGGGUCCCGUCCUCUUCUCUCUGUACACCAACUCUCUCGGCUCUGUCAUUCACUCACAUGGCUUUUCCUACCAUAGCUAUGCUGAUGACACCCACCUAAUCCUUUGUUUUCCCCGAUCUGAUUCACAGGUAAUUAACACAAAAUUAACCUUGACAAGACUGAACUGGGGAAAGACUCGCCCACCCAUGACCUGACUGUUAACUUCGACAACUCCGUGUUAGCCCCCCGUGUUAAAGAUGACGCGGCCUCCAUCUCUAGCCAAAUAGGGGGUGGAGAUAUCGUGGCCUAGGGGAUAGAGCGGGUGUUCUGCAACAAGAGGGUUGCUGGUUCGAAUCCCACUCUUCCCAUCUGCAUGCCUAAGUGUCUUUGGCAAGGUACUGAACCCCUAAAUAGCCCCUCAUAAAUGUUGAGUGUACUAAAAAUGUAAGUUGCUUUGGACAAAAUCGUCAGCUAAAUGACAUGUAAUGUAAUAUAAUAAUGGAUAUCACUCUACCCUGCAACCAGUACUGAAUGAUCCUAAGAUUAGAGGCCAAAUUAUAGACAGUGGAUUCUGGUUGUGUAGU